UUUCUGUACAGCUACUGUAUAAACAGCUCAAGUAACUACACCGAUGCUAGCCCGUAUAAGACAAACCUCAACACUCUUCUCCUCUCUCUUUCCUCUUCCGUCAACCGUAACGGCCACGGCUUUUAUAACUCCUCCUUCGGAGAAAACUCUGACAAAGUUUAUGCACUCGGGCUCUGUAGAGGAGAUCAAGCGGCCGACGACUGCAGCAGUUGCCUCAGCGGCUCCGCCAUAUAUGGUCUCACUGAGGCCUGUCCUGUUCAGAAGGCGGCCAUUGGGUGGUACGACGGUUGCAUGCUACGCUACUCGAAUCAACCCUUAUGUAGGAUCCUGACAUUAUCUCCUUCUUUCUCUUUGUUGAACACACAAAACGUGUCGUCAACACUACUGGAUGAGUUCAACCAAAAGGUCAAAGCCUUGUUGGAAAGACUGUCUAGUCAAGCUGCAGCAGAAACCGAUCUCAAGUACGCCAUAGGCACGCAAAACACAAGCGACACCAACGUAACAAUAUAUGGACUCACACAGUGUACUCCAGAUUUGUCAGCCCAAGAAUGCACAAACCCAGUAUGUUGUUCCGGGAAGAUUGGUGGGAUAGUUGUUGCACCCAGCUGUACCGUAUGGUAUGAAAUUAGACCAAUUGUUGCAGCUCAGGCAUCCCCACCUUCGCCAACAAAAGCAACACCGGCCUCUCCUCCUCCACUGCCAGGAAAGAAGAAAAGUAAUGCAUCUCAAAGAAAAGUUAUCAUCACUAUGUCAAUUGUUGUUCCUCUGGUGGUACUGAUUGUAUUCAUAUGGAUUUAUUUGAGAUUAGUUAGGAAGACAAAGGGAAAGUUUGAAGAAGCAGAUGACAUGAGCACCGAAGCCUUGCAAUUUGACUUUGACUCCAUUAGAGUUGCUACGAAUAACUUUUCUGAAGCAAAUACACUUGGGCGAGGCGGAUUUGGUGCUGUUUACAAGGGUAGGCGUUGGAACAAAGAAGAUAUAGCAGUGAAAAGACUUUCUAAAGAUUCUGCACAAGGAGACAUAGAAUUUAAAAAUGAGGUGAUCUUAGUGGCCAAGCUUCAACACCGGAACUUGGUUAGGCUCCUUGGUUUUUGUCUGGAAAGAAAUGAAAGACUUCUUGUCUAUGAGUUUGUAUCAAACGCAAGUCUCGAUCAUUUCAUAUUUGAUCCAGUCAAGCGUACAGAUUUGAAUUGGGAAACUCGUUACAAAAUCAUAGUAGGCAUUGGGCGAGGGCUCCUAUACCUUCAUGAAGAUUCUCGUCUUAGAAUUAUCGACCGUGAUCUCAAAGCCAAUAAUAUUCUAUUAGAUGCAGAAUUGAAUCCCAAGAUUGCUGAUUUUGGCAUGGCAAGAUUGUUUAAUAUCGAUCAAACACAAGCUGAAACCAGUCGAGUUGUGGGAACCUAUGGAUACAUGGCACCGGAGUAUGUUAUGCGUGGACACUUUUCUGUGAAGUCUGAUGUCUAUAGCUUUGGUGUGUUGGUCUUGGAGAUAAUAAGCGGACAUAAAAAUAGUUCAUUUCGUCACGAAGGAAAAUUGGAGGAUCUUCUGGGCUAUGUAACAUGGAAUAGUUGGAAGGAAGGGAUAUCUUCAAACUUGAUAGAUCCCAUGUUGAGAACCGGUUCAAGGCCGGAAAUAAUGAGAUGCAUUCACAUCGGACUGUUGUGUGUGCAGCAAAGUAUAGCUGAUAGGCCAACUAUGGCUCAAGUUAUUCAAAUGCUUACCAGCAACUCUGUUGAUCUCCCAAUAUCCUCACAACCAGCAUUUUUUAUGUAUAAUCAUGGCAUUGGAUCCUCAUCCGACAUGUCGUUGGGAUUUGAGAGUAACUCAGGAAUAAUAGGGUCUGAUCAAUCCAAAAGCAACUCUGCCCACAAAUCUAUACUUGAAAAUUCAACUACCCGUUAG